AUGAGUGGCUUCCGUAGAAACAACGUCCAUAACCGCAGCCCUACCGGCGACUUUAACCAAAUCCCUGCCGACGACUAUAACCGGAGCCCUGCCAAUGUCUCUCAUUCCAAACCUGACCUUAAACACCCUUACCCUCCCGAAUUACUCAAAAAUCGCAACCGUGACCACGUUGUUGGGCCUCCUUACGCUCUCACCCACAAGUUGAUGGAUAAAGUUUCUGCGCUCCUUGAGAAGCAAGGGAAAGUGCUGAGGGAUUCAGGAAAGCAUGUGCAAGAAAUAAUUCAAGCUCUUCUACAUAAUGAUAAGAAUCAUGAUAAAACGGCAACAUAUCUAGAUUGUGUUAACGGCAUUCUUUGUAUCAUCAGCAAGACUGUAGUUGUAUUUUGGAAUCCUGCUCCUGAAAAAGUUAAGGUCAUUCCUCCUUCUCAACUUGAGUUUUCCUAUGGAAUUAUGGAUCAUGGAUUUGACUAUGACCAUGUUAGGGAUGACUAUAAGCUCAUCCAAUAUGUGGAUGUUGUGGAGUGUCAUGACCCUUUAUGGGAGAUAUAUAGUCUAAAAAGUGAUUCAUGGAGGAAAAUGGAUAUUGAUAUGCCAAUUCGUAUAAAUUUUGAUAAUGUGUGCUUGAAUGGGAUCUGUCAUUGGUUGGGGGAAGCAAAUGAUAACUAUGAUAUAGUUGUUGUGUCAUUUCAAUUGGGCAAUGAGGUGUGCUUUGUUACACCUUUAUCCUUUUUAGAAGACAUGGAAUAUGAUAUUGACGAUGUAAACCUACAAGUGUUAAAUGAGCCAGUUGCUGUGAUAGUGAAUCAUAUAGAGACAAAGUCUUUUCACAUAUCAAUCUUGGGUGAAAUUGGUGUCGGUGAAUCAUGGUUUAGACUCUUCGAUAUUGGACCUUUGUCUUGCAUUAUGCGUCCUAUCAUAGUAUGGAACAAGGGCAAUAUAGUUGUUGGAAAAGAUGAUCAACUAGUUUGUUUUGAUUUAACUACCGGAGUGAUUGAGGAGAUUGAUGUUAAAGCAGAACAGUUUUGCCAUAUUUUCAUUUACAAGAAAAAUCUUCUUCCAUUUGGAGUUAUAGACAAUUAA